AGCUGAUUUUAAAUAACCUAAAAUCGAAAGUCAAAACAAAUCGAAUUUAAUCUAACUCCAAAAGCAACCAAAUGAAUUCUAUUUAUUAAAUCUCUACUUAAGGAAUGCGUUAAAAUGAAAUCUACACUUCUUAGCCGCCUUCUUAGUCCUGCAACAGUUAAUCGAUGUAGAAAAAGCUAUCUACCUCGGGUUAGGUUCGCGCCGAGUCCUACUGGUUAUUUACAUCUAGGAGGUCUAAGGACAGCUUUAUAUAAUUAUUUGUUUGCUAAAUCUCAUCAAGGUGCUUUUCUUUUACGUAUUGAAGAUACUGAUCAAAAGAGGAAGGUGGAAGGUGCAGUUGAAGUGUUGAUAAAAGAUUUGCAGUGGGCAGGGGUAGAGUGCGACGAAGGUCCAGGCUUAGGGGGAAAAUAUGGACCAUAUGUACAAAGUGAGAGACUUGAAAUUUAUAAAGAUCACAUAGAAAAGCUUUUAGACAACGGCUCUGCGUACCGCUGCUUCUGUACAGAACGGAGGUUGAACUUAAUACGGAGAGAUGCCUUGAAGCAUCAGAGAGUACCCAAAUAUGACAAUCGCUGUCGGAGUCUUACUGAUGAGGAAAUUAAGGAGAAAAUUAAAGCAGGGACACCCUAUUGUAUUAGAUUCAAGCUGUCUUCAGACUGCCAGUCAUUCGAAGACCUGAUCUUCGGUGGGAUCGCCUAUGAUGUAUCACUAAACGAAGGUGACCCCGUACUGAUGAAGAGCGAUGGCUUCCCGACAUACCACUUCGCUAACGUGGUCGAUGACCAUUUGAUGGAAGUGACACAUGUGCUGAGGGGUGUGGAGUGGCAAAUAUCAACUACAAAGCAUUUGCUUAUAUAUAAGGCUUUCGGCUGGACACCACCGCAGUUCGGGCACCUCCCCCUCAUCAUCAACAGCGAUGGAACCAAGCUCAGCAAACGACAGGGAGACGUCACGGUCGAGGAUUACAAGAAAAACGGCGUGUUUCCCCUUGCGCUGGUGAAUUACAUAACGUUAUCUGGAGGUGGAUUCGAGCAUGUACCUGGUGCUGGAGUGUCUCUGAAGACCAUGGAAGAGCUGGCCAGUGAGUUCCAAAUCGGCAAGGUAUUGUUGCACCCCAGCCGUUUGAACCCCGAGCUCCUUCAAGAGUGCAACAGAUUAGAAAUGAAACGACAACUUUCCGACCCGGAUCUCUGUCAGUCAUUAGUGAGGAAAGUGCAGAAUUUAGUCAAACAGACAUACCCGAAUGAAAUCAUGGAUAUAAGCGACCAACAUGUAAGAAACGUUUUGAAAUGGGCUACGGCGCGCGUGACGAGAGUGGAGGACUUGGUUUCAACGAAAUUCGGUUUCCUCUGGAUUCUACCGUCAAAUAAUUUUGAAAUAGACAAAGAAUUGUUGAGGAAACUUCUGGAACAUUUAGAGAACGUCGACCGGUUUGAACAGGAUUUGUUGAAGAAUAAUCUCAGGGAGUUCGCGGUGAAUAACAAUGUGAAGUUUCCAAUGUUGAUGAAGAUGUUGAGAGGGUUGUUGAGUGGUCUGAGUGAGGGGCCGGGUGUGGCGGAAAUGAUGCAGUUGUUGGGCAAGGGACAGUCGUUAGAGAGAAUAAAGUCAAUUGUUAGAUAG